AUGAGAUCAGCUCCGGUGCUCACCCCUUGGCACCAUGAGAUGAAGCAGAGCGUCAGGGGCCGGGUGAAGGAGCAGGUGCUGGGGCGAACGGGUGCAUCGUGGGAAGAUCGGCUGCAGGAGCAGAAGGCGAAAAAGGUCCAGGCCAUGAAAACCAUUGAGAAAGAGCAGAGGGAAGCUAUCAAAGCAGCCACGGAAAAGGGGAUAGAGAAGCAGCAGGUGUACUCGCCAUUGCUGGCGUUGCGCUCGGCCCCACUAGCAUCCUUCGCCGAAAAGCAGGCACAGAGGCAGGAAGAACGUGUCAAGGAUAUGGAAGACAAAGUCCGAUCCUAUCACAUUACGCGAGGGCAAAUCUUGGAGAAGAUGCGCACCCGAGAGCCCUUGUUCAGGACCGAAGACGUCUCUGCAGCCAAGACAGCUCUGGCUGAAGCGCGCCGCAAGCGACAAGCAGAGCUGCAGGCGGAGGAGAAAAAGCGCUGGGAACACCUGGAAGAGUGCGCAGCAAAAGGCUGCCAGAAGCGUCAGACCUUGUACGAUUUGCACAACAGCCCCUCCUUCGAUGCGAGAUUGGCUCGGGCCGUGGAGCGGAAGACGCAGGAGUUGAGGGACCUCGAGAAAGCCCAGAAGGAUCGCAUCCGGGACGCGGUGGAAGCCGGGCACGUGAAGUCCGCGGCGGUGUCGCCGUUGUCCGCCUGCCUCCGCAAUCCGCCGGAUAAUGCCGAGAGGCAGCAGGAGAUCUUGGAGGAGCGCAAGAGGGCCAUGGCAAGCAUUGCCGCUGAGUAUUUCCGGAAGCGCGAUGAGAUGCUGACCAAGCAAGCCAACCGAGAGCCCCUCUUCUCCAAUGACCUGGUGGCGGACGCAGCUGCAGCGCUCGAGGGGAAGGCGCACAAGUUGAAGCAGGAGAUGGCCGCCGAGCAGCUGAAACAACGGCAGCACAUCCAGGAGCUGCAGAACAAGGUCUUGUCGCGGCCUCUGAUGAUGGAGCGCAACUAUGGCAUUGCGGCCUGA